GCGGAAAUCUCGAAUGUAUGUCCUAAGGCUCCCUGUCGGGUAUUAAGAAGCUUCGAACCCAUAAAACCCCAUCAGCUAUAAAACUCCAAACCAGCGAUGGAAUCUGAUUCUGCUCGGAGCUCAGGUCUUUCUUGGAUUCUCAGUCCUCUGAUGAUGAGAUCCACCGCCCCUCGAAGGCGUCGUCUCUCCGUACUGGGACUCCUCCUCUGCUGUACGAUUCUCACCUUCUACACUCUCUUACUCCUCAGCCUUACUGCCGUUGUGCCUUCGCCGGAGCUCAGUUUUCCAGGAACUUUGCUGGAGACCAGCCUUCCGGUGGCGUCUCCGGAGAUUCCGACUGAAGAUGUCCAGAGUGCGAACUCAACUUCUCCGACCAAAGGCUCGGCGGAAAUUCAGCGCCGCAAAAUGCAGAAGGAGCUUCCGUGCGCGACAGUGGAAGAAAUGGGGGAGGCGUUUGGGCACGUGUCUUGGAAGGAAAGCCUCAAAGUUAGGCGGUUGAUUCGAGAUCAUUUCGCUUUGCACGGAGCUUCUAGAGUCCGAGAGCUCCCACCUGAGCAGUUUUGCAAACAAGGUUUUGUGAUUGGUAAAGCAUCACAGGCAGGUUUUGGGAAUGAAAUGUACAAGAUCUUAACCUCUGCGGCAUUGAGUAUUAUGUUAAACCGUUCACUCAUCAUCGGGCAAACCAGGGGCAAAUAUCCAUUUCAAAACUACAUUUCAUACACAGACCUUUCCUUUACUAUGAAUGAAGUGAAGCAUCUCUGGAGACGAAAUGACUGUGUUGGUAAGUAUGGAAGGCAUCUGGUUAUGAGGACAGAUGAUUUUGAGAAGCCUACAGAAACAAAUGUCCUUUGCAGUAAUUGGAGAAAAUGGAAACAGCCGAUCAUAUGGUUCAAAGGUACAACUGAUGCUGUGGCAGCUCAGUUUUUCUUGAAGAACAUACAUCCUCAGAUGAGGAAGGCUGCUUCUACAUUAUUUGGGAAACCAGGGUAUCUUCAAUCUAGGCCUAAUACAUUUGGAGAGCUGAUGAGAGCUAUCAUAUCUCCUUCAGAAAAUGUCCAAGAAGCUGUGAAUUGGACCCUUAGGGGAGGUCCGGAUCCUCAUAUUACAUUACACAUGCGCAUGCUGAUGAACAAGUCUCCAAGAGCAGUAAAUUCAGCAUUAAGUUGCAUUCAGAAGACCCUGUUCAGUAAUCACCUAAAAGUGCCAAGGCCUCGUGUGGUUUUGGUCUCAGAUACACCUUCUCUUAUUAAAGACAUUACACCAAAACUGAAGGAAUUUUCUGAGGUUGUUCAUUUUGACUACAAUCUUUUCAGUGGAAAAAUUUCAAGGGGAAAAGUAAAUGAUCUGCACCAGUCAGAGUUUAGGGUGAAAGAUUGGGGAUCAGCACCUAGGUGGGUUGCAUUUGUGGACUUCUUUCUUGCUUCACUGGCUAAACAUGCUGUUGUUUCAGGCGCCCAAAGGCGUGUUGGAACUACCUAUGCGCAGCUAAUUGCAGCACUGGCAGCAGCUCACCAACUUGAAGAGAACGAUGCAACUGCUUCAAAAUUUUCGUUCUUCAGCAGUUUUCAAAGUAACUUGUUGAGGGAAGGCUUGCACCAUCAAGUUGGUUGGGGACAUGUAUGGAACAGAUUUGCAGGCCCCUUGAGUUGCCCCAGCCAACCCAAACAAUGUGCUCUGACACCACUUCUAGCUCCUGCUUGGUGGGAUGGGAAUUUGCAAUCGCCUAUUCCACGAGACAUCCGCAGAUUGGAGCAGUACGGGGUCAAACUUUCCAGUUUUGGCAUAGUGGAUGAAAAGCGUCUCCAUUCUUUCUGCAAGUCUCGGAAGACUAUCGUUAAAACCAUUCAAGUUACUCAGCAAUGAAGCAGAUAGAUGAACAAACUUGACUGGGGUGGUGUCUUCCCCUUUUACGUGGAAAUUCCUGAUGCUGAGUCAGAGUGAGAGCUCAAAGAGAGGAAGCCAAGGGGAGGAAAAAUAAACCGUGAACUUGCUGUGAUGAAAACAAGUAUGCACUGACAGAUGGACCAAAAAGGGAAACAAUCAGGUUGGAGAGUUAGGCUCAGACCUGAAAACCGGGCUAGUCAUUCUAUGACUAGUUUGAUCAAGAAUCCAUUUGAUGGUGAUUAUAUUUAAAAACUUUUACCAAAAGAAUUGUUUUUAAGUGUUAAAAAUGGUAGAAAUAUUUUUUAAAAUCACUGUUAAAUAAGUUUAAGCCUUACAUUGAAUCAGGUGCCGACUAAUGUUUGGAUUAUGACUAUUUUUUUAAGGUUUUUUGAUGGGAUGUACAACGAUGUCAAAGCUAUAUCCCAAUUCCCCUCCACACACAUUAUUUAUUCUUUGUUAUCCAACAACUUAAACAUUUGGACUAAAGCCUUGUUUUUCGGAAGGUCAUUAGUUCAUUGUUUCUUUAUUUUCUGAUCGACACCUAACCACUUAAGCUUU